AUGAUCAUCUACCGGGACCUCAUCAGCCAUGACAAGCUGUUCUCCAACAUCUACAAAAUCCAGGAGAUCGCGGAUGGGCUGUGCCUGGAGGUGGAGGGCAAGAUGGUCAGUAGAACAGCGGAUGCCAUUGAUGAUUCGCUCACUGGUAAAAAUGCUUCCGCUGAAGGUCUGGAGGACCAAGGUACCGAAAGCACAGUAGUCAUGGCCAUUGUCAUGAACCAUCACUUACAAGAAGCCAGCUUCACAAAAGACACCUACAAAAAGUACAUCAAAGACUACAGGAAUUCACUCAAAGGCAAACUUGAAGAACAGAAACCAGAAAGAGAAAAGCCUUUUACGACUGGAGCUGCGGAGCGAGUUAAGCACAUGCUUGCUAAUUUCAAUAACUAUCAGUCUUUUAUUGGUGAAAACACGAAUCCAGAUGGUAUGGUUGCUCUCCUGGAGUACCGUGAAGAUGGUGGGACUCCAUUCAUGAUUUUCUUUAAGGAUGGCUUAGAGAUGGAAAAAUGUUAACAGAUUGAAUCUAUCACCUGUCACCAUAAUUGGCUGCCG